AUGAACUUAGAAGGUAUCUUUGUUACCUGCUCCCUGUACAACCUAACCGUGGUUGCUUGGGAAAGGUUUGUGGCCGUGAGGAAAUGGAUGGACUACAAGGUAAUUGUGACAAAACGUCGUCUUUUCAAGAUAUCAAUAAUCGCUUGGUUGUCGGCGAUUCUCACUCGACUCCCUCUUUACAUUACAGUUGUAACCAGUGGGGACACUAAGGUGAAAUACAUCUGGACUACAAUUUUAAAUGUCUGUGUAAUCGCGAACGUUGUUACUAUCGUUUAUUUCUAUGCCAUGAUUUACCACGGAGUGCGUAACCACCGGACAAGUGAUUUAAAGAACGUUAACGCUUUAGCACAAGCAAGACUAGAAUCCAGGGUGGCAAAGACGACUGCAUUGAUAACAGCUGCCCUUCUAUUGACGAUUGCUGUUAGUGGAAUUCUUGUUAUGACUAUGAGAUUGAAAUUUCCGACCUCACGUCCCACUUUAGCUAUCGAAAUCUCACGGACGCUACUUCGACUAAACUCUGUCUUUAAUCCUGUCCUUUACUGCUUUAAAGACCUUCGUUUCCGAAAGGCGGUUCUUGAGCUUCUAAAAAUAAGAAAAACACAGGCAGCCCAG